AUGGAGCUGCGGCUGUGGUUCCUCUUCGGGCUCGCAGUGACCUCCGCCGCAGGAUUGGUGCCUCGCCCCCAGCCUGGGGACGCUGGCAGGAGCGGCGAGCCCCGGGCCCCCUCUGCCGCCAGAUCGGAGGGGGACACGGAGGAGACUGUGGCCGCAACAGCAGUGCGCGGUCCAAGCCCCAGAAGCCCUGGGCAGGAGGAGGGACCUGGUCGGUUUGGGGAGCAGGCGGCCAAGGGGGGCCCUGUGCACCACCGAGCCCGGCGCUGUACAUGUUUUACCUACAAGGACAAAGAGUGUGUCUACUACUGCCACCUGGACAUCAUCUGGAUCAACACUCCUGAACGGACUGUGCCCUAUGGGCUGUCCAACUACAGAGGCAGCUUCCGGGGCAGGAGGUCGGCCGGGACCUUUCCGCGGAGCUCACAGCUGUCGAAGGGGACACCGCGCUGCACCUGUGCGGAGAGCGAGGACGCCGCCUGCGUGCACUUCUGCACCUGGACCCUGGCUGCCCGCGGGUACGACCCCCUCCCCGGCCCCUGGCUGCCUGCGGGAAUUCCAGGACGGCACAAACACCUGCCAAAGAAGCAGGAAAGCAGGCCAGCGGUGCUGCCGGGGGCGUGCGUCCGAGGAGGUGAAGCUGCUUUCUGAGUCGCUGCCACAUGGGGGGCACAGAGGACGUGUGGGACGCACCUGGUCUGUGCGGGCGGCCAGCGGGACACCGCGUGUGGCGGGCAUCCACGGGCAAUGGUGCUUUUGGUAGAUCACCCCUGGGGACGGAACAGCCUAAAGCUGUGGACAGCCUGCCCUGCGUCUUAGGAGCUGAGUCCUGCGCUCCCUGUAGCUUUCGAGCAGUGACGUCCAGCCCUGGAUUUCACCAGGGCUGGACAAAUCUCACCGAUCACUGCUUCUCAGAGCCCCUGCGGGCUCAUCUGUCGGUGCCCAUUUACUCCUCUGCUCCCAUAGCAACUGGUGGUCUCUACAAAAAGAAUCAUUUCUUCUUUUCAGCAGCUGAUUCUGGACAGAAGGUGAAUUAUAGCAGCUGGGCGCCAGGCCCUCCGAGUCCUCCAGUUUGUUUUAGGAAUUUUUUUUUUAACCCACUUGUCUUUUUUGUAUGAUCCUGAGGGUUUCCUGCAGCCCAGCUGGGUUUAUUUGUCAUUCAAUCGAUCAGAAAUCGUUAUUACUGAGUCGCCUACACAUCUGCAAUGGGAUGGUAAUUGAUGUUCCUAGUAAUGGCCUGUGGGGGGGGCUUGGGGUCCUACAGGGUCUGAUCAAGGGAGGAUUAAACCCUGUUUGGUAUGCAGGAGGCUUUCCAAAUUGGUGGCAGAUUUGCUUUGAGUCGUCUGGAGAGGGUUCUGUCAGCAUCCACAACAAAAAUGCAAAGGAGAGGCAGAGACAGACCCCAGGAGAGCAUGAAUUAGGCCCCAGCUGGUCCCCACUUUGCCUCUUCUUCCUGCUUCCUUUUUCUCCUCUUCCUCACCCCAAACCCAAACCCUUCUCAGCAAGGGAGGCGUGUGGUUCAAACCACCAUCCAUCGUGGCAUUUAUUCAAUUCAGCAAAGAUUUGUUGAGCACCUGUGAUGUGCAGGGCACCGUCCUAGAUGCUGGGGACACCACAGGGAAUAAGGCAGAAGGUCAGCCUUCCUGGCACUUAAAGGGUGGGGGAAACAGCAAACCAAUACAUUAAAC